UGUGUCAGAUGUUGAUCACUGCUCAAUUGUGAAAGCUUACCCUAAAGUAGUUAAAGUGUGUAGUGCAAGGUGAAACAAGCAUUUUCGUAGGAAUUUUUUUAUUAUUUUUUUUGUGGAAUAAAUUUUUAUGAAUGAUUAUUGAAGAUUUAUAAUCUGUGCCUUAUUGUAAAGGAGCUGGAUUUCCCUCUAUUUUUAGUGUUUUAGUGAACAGAUGUUUUUGAGAACUUUAACCUAGGAUUAAACGAAGCCAUUGUAAGUUCCAUUCAAAGAAAUUCUAUACGUCCAUUAGAAAAAAUAUAUCCAGGAGUCAUUUUAUUGUGACAUGAAACAAAAGCAUUGGAUUUAAAAUCUAUUUUAUGAUGACUAGUCAACAGUAAUAUUCCAAUAGUCAAUCCGAAUUUUGUGGUGGACCAUUAUGUAAAUGGCUUGACAAGAUAAAAAAUAGUUUGGUAUCACCAACCUGUUGUUACAAAAAGAUGUUCAUUAGGUCAUACAGAUGUUGUCUUGGAAGUAUUGUUAUAUGUUUAAAAAUGUGUGAAUGGGGUCCACUUGAAAUGGUGCACUUAUGUUCAUUGCCUUAAUUAUGGAAUUAGGCUACUCUCAUUUUAUCAUAAGCAAGUUUUAACAAAGUUUCUCACAGCUCUGACAAAUUUUCCUUGUGAUAAAUAUGUGAUCAUUAAUUUAUUAAAACAAGUGUUGUUAAUUUUCAAGUUUCUCUCCACUUGAAUGAACUGUUCCUUUUCAAUUCUCCUUUAUCCUAUAAGCUAUGGUGAAAUUUGCUUUAUUUUUCAUAGCUUCAUUUCAGAAUUCAUGUGCAGUAACAAUGUAUUUACCGAUUCCUAAAGCAUAAUGCUGUCCUUUUUCACCAUAUCCCCACAUUGCUUUAAGAACUUAGAUUCCCAGGAAUGUCACAUCUAGGUUCAAACGAGUCAAGCAAAGGGGAGAAGACACAGAGCCAUGUAAAUAACCAAUCUCAACGUGGUUACUAUAAUGAGAGCUAUAAUAGAGCAAACCAUGAAAGAAAUUUUAGGGAAAAUGUAUCAGCUAAAGAAUUAGUUGAAUCUGAGCAAAGUCAUGAUCGUGAGCAAUAUCAUGCUUUAAGUAGUGGUGCACGCCAUCCAGAAUUAUUAGCUCAUGAGUCAAUGAACCCAAGUGUAGCAGCAUCUCAUUCCGCAGCUGUAGCAUCCGCUGCAGCUGUUUAUCCUAGAGUGAUUUCUCAGCCAAAUCGUGCUAUACCUCCGUCACAUUUUGAGUCAUAUGGUCUUUCUUCGCAUGUACCACCUAACCCUGCAACAUCUACUGGUCACCAUCAUUCUGCACCCAUUCAUUCUUCAGCACACAGACAUUUGUUGCCUCAUCAUGCUUUGAUACCUGCUCAGUUUAAUAAUUCUAGUGGACCAUCACAUAUUGGAGUUGACAUCAUGUGGCAACAAAAGAUGAAUCCCAAUCCUUGGAUGAUGGCAGCUCACUAUGGUGAAAUGUCUCUUGAAAGAGAGAGAACAUUAAAUCAAGAAAGAUCAAUUAAUCAAGAAAGAGAAAGAUCAAUUAAUCAAGAAAGGGAAAGAUCAAUUAAUCAAGAAAGAGAAAGAUCAAUUAAUCAAGAGCGGGAAAGGUCAAUUAAUCAGGAGCGAGAAAGAUCAUUGAAUCAAGAAAGAGAAAGGGAGCAUGAGCGAAUGGAACGCCAGAAAGAAGAUAAAGAAAGACACAGAGAUUGGGACCAAGACCGCCUUGAACGUGAAGAAAGAGAAAGAGCACAAAGAGAAGCUGUAAAGCAGCAUUUUGAAGAAUCAUUACGCUUAGUUUUACAAAAAAACAAAAAUAUGGGUUGGAAUCCUUCAACUGGGAAACAUGGUGUUGGCAAGCAACAAGACAGCAUGAUAACUAUGCAAGGCAACCAGCCUGUGCGUACCACUGAUAGUGAUCGGCAAAAAGAACAGGAAAAAGAAAGAGCGCAAUUUGUGGAAAAUAGUCAUCGUCGAGAACACGAAAGGUGGUUAGCCCUUAUGCAACAACAACAAAGAAAUGAGCAAUCUGCUAAUGCUGCUGCUCAUCAUCAAAAUUUCUCAGCCAUGGAAGCUAGAUCAGGAAGAAACCCUCCAAAAUCUGAACCACAAUUAAUGCAAGGCCAAAGACCAACAGUAAAACAAAAUUUGGCUCCAAGUCCUGUUAAUGCUUCACCAUCCCAACUAAAGAAUGAAGUUAAUUUCAGUUUGUAUGGCUAUCAACCAGUGAGACAAACUUACAUUACACCAGCACAAUUGAAAGCCAGAGAAGAAAAAAUAACAGCCAGUAUGCAGAAUGUAAGGAUACCUAGUGGACAGCAUAAAGCAAACUUACCGGUGAAAAUUGAGAAAGAAGAUUUUGCUGAGAGACCUUCAUCCCCCAACUCGAGUCAUUCUUCAUCCAAGCAUCAACAGAAAGUAAUGAUACCCAGUCAUGAUAGAAACAAUUUAAUGUAUCAACCUCUUGUAGGUUCUGGUGGUGCUUUUAAACCAUAUGAAUAUUCCAGUAAUAGUAAUAGUCCAGCACCUCCUGCACAUCAAAAUACAUCGCCAGCCCUCUUAGGGAGAAUGGGAACAGCUCAGUAUCCUCCAUUGCAAGAUCAGCCUCAAAAUUUGGUAAAAAGUGAUGGUAAAAGCAUUCACGAAAAAAUGCCGAGCCACAAGUAUGAGUGUAGAGACUUGAAACCAGUUGCUUCUGCUGCUGGUACGUUACCUGCUGGUUUUUCUCCACCUUAUGGAGCUUCUAAAAGUACAUCACCUGCUACAAAUGCAACUUAUUCAUAUAGUCUUAUUCAGCAAGGUUUGGUUCCUAAUCCAAUGUAUAUUGCAGCCACACAUUCUGUAAAUAAUGCCGGUGCCAGCACUCCCGCUUCUUUUGCCUAUUCCCAGUCUUCUAAAACUUCUGUGCACCCAGCCAGUCCUCCUAUUUCCCAACAAUAUGCUCGAGCUAGCCCGAAUUCAGGAAUCUCUAGUGGCUCUCCUGUUUGUCGACCCAGUUCUGUACCUUACACUUUACCAUCUGUUCGAGUCAGUCGCAGUUACUCACCUGUUGGUUCUUUAAAUUCUUCUGGAAUUGGGAACGCUAAUAAAGGAAUUAUUCCACAAGAUCCACAUUUAUCUAAUCGAGCUCAUAUUUCAGUUCAAGGGUCUAGCCAUAGAUCUCCUUCUCCAGCUCAUACAUUUGGACAGCAAACUAAUCUCGGUGCUCCUAAUUCUCCUCAUCAGUCAUCUACUCGAAUGACAAGUUUAGCCAGCCAAUCUUCUAUUCAUUUGUCAUCUGCAAACACUAUGCCAUCUUCACCAUUUCAUUCUAAUUCUCAACCAGAAACUUCUGAAAGUUCUGGUGUUCCAUUGGUCAAAAGGAAGUUAUUAAAUGAUGUGAUUUCUAGAAAAAAGCCAAAACAAAUUGAUGAUAGUCUUUUACCUCCCCAACUGCAGCCACAAAUACAGACUUCUUGUAGAGAAAAUAAUGAAAGUCAAGUAAUUACUCCUCCAGAUUUAAGUUUAAAUCCUCCUAUAUUAGGAGAACAUAAUUCUGAAUCUUACUCUUCAAAGUCAGGCCCACCUUCUCCUCUCACCUCAUCCAACAUAAUAUUUAAGCCAGAACCGGUAGCUACCCCUCCAUCUAUGCCAGAUCUGAGCAGCUCUUCCCCUGUAUCCCAGUCAGAUUUAGACAGUACUGUGAGCGCCCAAAAUUACUAUACCUCUUUUAACAAAUAUAAACUUCCUAAUAAGGAUACAGUUAACAACUUAACUGAUGAGAAAGAUUCUCUUUUAACUUCAUCAGACAGAACAAAUGUGCCAUCAGAUACUGCCUCAAAUAAUUCAGAAGAACAAGUGUCCAAUCCUAAUAUUUCAAGUGUUGUUUCAUCAAAUAAUUCCAAUUCAAGUAGUAGUUUUCAUCCAAAGCUUAAAAAAGCUUGGCUUCAACGGCAUUCAGAAAAUACAGAUCGGAAAUGUCCCGGUGAGUUUGUUCCAAAUACUGGUAAAACUGAUUAUUCAUUUAAAAUAAAAUCAGAAAAUGUACAAAAUGAAACGGAUGAUGCUAGUACGUCUGAAUCAGGUAAACAAACUUAUAGCUCUACCCAAUCAGGGAAUGAUGAUGUUGACAAAAUCUGUGAUGAUGGUAACUCUGAGACCACAAACCAGGCUCUAGAAUUGAAUGCCGAUGAAGAAAUCUCAAGUUCAGAGUCUGAUACUGAGUGUGAUACAAAAAGCGGAAAAAGAAAAUCUAAGUCAAAAAGCAAAUUUCUUUCUGGGUCAUUUGGAGUAAAUAGUAAUGGUAAGAGAAUAAAGUCUGAGAAUUCUUCAGAUCCACCAGUUGAUGACCAAACCUCUCCAAAGAAAGAAAAAGAUGGAAAGAAAAAGUCAGGCUUGGAAAAGGAGUCCAGCAUUAAUUCCAGGAAAAGAGGGCGUAAAAGUAAAGUACGAAAAUCAAUGUCAAAAAAUGCUUCGACCAUGAAACCUCCUGAAAAACCAUCUGUAGCUCAACUGAAAAAGACGGGAGAAGCCUUUUUACAAGAUGGUUCUUGCUGCGAAGUUGCCCCAAGAUUACCUAAAUGCAGAGAAUGCCGAUUAACUCCACACCAACGGAGUAAAAAGAUGCCUAAUAUUUUCUGCCGUUUUUAUGCAUAUCGAAAGCUUCGUUAUGGUAAAAAUGGAACAAUUCUGAGUGCAGGAUUUUCUGAACCUUCAGAUGCAGCAGAAGAAGAUUUAAAACUGUGGUUGCCUCCAUCUGACUCUCCGCCUAUGGAUAUUGAAAUAGAAACCUCUAAAUUUUUGCUUACUUAUCUUGGUGAUCAAUUUUGCGAUUUAGUUGAAAUGGAAAGGGAAGCAAAAAAAUUACAUUUAUCUAAUGAUGAUACUAUCACUUGGAAAAGGGUUGUUCAAGGUGUUCGAGAAAUGUGUGAUGUUUGUGAAACCACUUUAUUUAACAUUCAUUGGGUGUGUCAUAAAUGUGGAUUUGUUGUUUGCAUUGAUUGCUAUAAGUCAAGAAAAACUGGUCUCCCUAAAGAAGAAUCAACCUCUAAAGAUCGUGAUGAUUUUCAAUGGCUGUUAUGUUCAAAUAGACAACCUCAUGAGCAAGACAAAUUAAUGCUAACUCAAAUAAUUGCUGGUACAGCAUUAUGGGAUGUUAGUAAAUCACUUCAUGACAUACGUCGUAAGUGGAACAUUCCGACAUACUGUAGUUGUGGUGUUAACAUAUCUGAGCAAGAUGGUAAAAGUUCCUCCAAUGGUAUAAACAAGCUCAUGAGUGCUGUAACAAAGUGCUUUUCAUCUGACAAGGAUUCGUCUUGGGAUAGUGGUGCAUCAUCCGAGUCACAAAGAUCUAGCAAGCGUGGUAAUAAGAACUCGGUGAAUGGUGUUGUGAAACAAGAAGAUGCUGUUGGGGGAUACAGCUCAGAAAGCGGUGGGUCUCCUUUAAGUUGGCUUGCAGAUGUAGCUCUUAACUCAUCAACAAAAAAUUCAGAUGAUCAAAAAGAUGGGGAUGAUGAAGAAAAAUCUUCUGAAGGGCAAGAAAGCAAUGCUGAAGCAUCAAUUGAAAGCGAUGAUGAUAAAAACGAAAACUUUUCCACCCUGAGAGAAUUACUGAUCCGACCAACUGCUAAAAUGGGCGGAAAAAGUAGUGGCAGCUCUUCUGGCUCUCAAAAAACAUUAACUAGCACCUUAGAUGAAGUCAUAUCAUGUGUCAUAGAGCAAAAGGUUCGAAAGUCUGAUAAAAAAAGUAAAGAAAAACAGUUAUUGCAUUUUACUCGUCGAUAUCAAAUGUCUAAAUCUGGACGUGAAUUACCUCCAGUUCGAACCUGUAUUCUAGCUGAAAGUUCACUACUUUAUCCUGAAAUACCUCAUUUGUGGCUAGGAAGUGGCAAAAUUCUAUUGUUAAAGGAUCCUUACCACACUGGGAAUAUGCAAAUGUUUCAAGAGCAGUGGAAAAGAGGACAGCCUGUUAUCAUUGCUGAUGUUGGAACCAGAUUAGAUUCCUCCUUAUGGAGUCCAGAAAGUUUUUUGAAAGAGUUUGGUGAUAGCAAAACGGAUUUUCUUAAUUGUCUCUGUGGUACACUUAUGCCGAACCAACUCUUGAGAAAGUUUUGGGAAGGAUUUGACAACAUUAAUAAACGAAUGAAGGAUGACGACGGGGAAUCAAUGGUUUUAAAACUAGUUGAUUGGCCUCCUGCUGAUGAAUUUUCAGACAUCCUGCCAACUAGACAUGAUGAUUUGAUGAAAGUUCUUCCACUUAAGCAGUAUACACAUCGAGAAGGAGUACUUAACAUGGCAAGUCGUCUUCCAGAAUGCUUUGUUCAACCCGAUCUUGGUCCUAGAAUGUACAAUGCUUAUGGUAUUAGUUCCUCUCUUGGAAAAGGUUCCACUAAUCUUCAUUUAGAUGUUAGUGAUGCUAUAAAUAUUCUUGCUUAUGUUUCUUGUGAUGAAAAAGAAGAAGUUUCAUCUGAAAUUUGGAAAGCUCUAGAUGAAAGUGGGUGUGACUCUUUAAUGAAAAAAAGAGCAAAGGAAAGGAACUCAAAUCCUGGAGCUUUAUGGCAUGUGUACAAUGCAAGAGAUGCUGAUAAAAUAAGAGAUUUCUUAAAUAAGGUGUCUGAAGAGCAGGGAGUUAAAUUAAAUCCUCAUCAUGAUCCAAUUCAUAAUCAAGAAUGGUAUUUAGAUGAGACAUUACGAAACAGACUUUACAAAGAAUAUGGUGUUGAACCCUACACGAUAGCCCAGUGCUUAGGGGAUGCUAUAUUUAUACCUGCUGGAUCUCCUCAUCAGGUUUUGAAUCUCCAGAGUUGUGUUAAAGUAGCAGAAGAUUUUGUUUCUCCAGAAAGUGUGAGCCAUAGUUUUUUUCUAACCCAAGAAAUCAGAAAUUUAUCUGACAAUUUGAUUAAUUGUGAAGAUAGACUGCAAAUUAAAAACAUCAUUUAUCAUGCUGUGAAAGAUGCUUUAGCUUUACUGCAGUCCCAUGAUCCAGAGGAGUCAAAAACCUGAAGGAGAAUUAUUUUAAAUUUGUGGAAUUCUAGCUCAUUCAGAAAACUAUCUGAAACUUUUGCACACUGAGAAUAUGUUCUGUGAUUUUGUCUACUAAAGUUAUGGACUCAAAGCAGAGCUUCAAAUUAGGGUUCCUUCCUGCAAGCUUUAAAAUGUUCGAUAGAAGUCUGCUGGUUUCAGAUUUUAGAAACAUUUUAAGAGUGCUAGGCAUAGCAAACUCAAGCCGGUGGAAAAAAUCUAUAAAACUGUUUUUACACUGUAGAUAAAAAUCUUUCCAAGAUGUAUUUGUAGACUUGCAAAAACUAUUGUUUUCAUAAGGAGUGUGAACUGCUCAUAGGAUAUUAUUGUUUAGAGAAAGACAUUUUAUAAACAGUGAAAAUGAAAAGGAUUUAUCUUGAUGUUUUACUCAUUUCAGAGCAUGUAUGCGAUUUGGUUAUUGGACACUUAUUCACUUCAGUUUCAGUGAACAGGCAAAAUUAUUUGACAGCUAUAUAAAGUUUAUUUAAUAUUGAACUGAAUGAUUUUCUAUGUGUGUUUAUAAACACUGUCAAAGCAAAUUAAAAUAUUAUGCCUUAAAUUUAAAUUGAGAUCUGGUAUAUUUAAUUUAAAUAAAACCUGUUGACCAGUUGUUGAUUUAAAAUAUUUAAUUAUGUUAAGUAUAAGAAUGUUUGAUAGAAUUCAAAAUUUUAAAAGAAAGUGUAUGCUAUGAACAUGUAUGCCUGACUGCUUUUUUGCUGCAGAGUUUAAUACUUUUUAAAGGUAUUGAAAAAAAAUUUGUUUUAAAGUUGUUGAACUAAUUAAGUAUUUAUUUAAACCUAUAACUAUUUCCUGUGAAAUUAUAUAUAUUUAUAUAUGUAUGUGUUUAGCGUACAUAUAGGUAUAUAUGUGCAAUCAAUGUUGUAAAGUUGUGACCGGUUGAAUGUGUAUUGUUCUUGCCUCCAUGAAUUGAUGAUAUUAAAAUGGAUUCCAGAUAGGCUUGGUUUACAUCUUUUAAACUUUUUGUUCAGAAAGACAUUUCUCAUUAGCAUUACAUUUUAGUUCAUUGUGUACAUAUUUUAUAACAAUAUUUUUAUAUUGGAAAUGUUUUCUGUACAAAUGUGGUUGUCUAUUUUUGUUUCAAAUUCCAUUUAUAUAUAUACACUCAUACAUAACUUUGUAUGUGCGUAUAUAUUCAACUACAGUAUUGCUGAUAAAUUAAAGUGCCGAUGUUAAAUUGGA